AUGGCUUUCACAGGAAGGACUCCUCAAUGUCUAUCUCCCAAGACUCCCAAUCCUACACAGCUGCUGUUUUCCUCUCAGUGCCACCCACCUGCGGGAGACCAGGUGGUUCCGUCCUUACAGAAACUGUCAGUUUAUGAACACAUGCCCCCUUGUUCGCCCAGGAGAACAACUAAGCCCCUCCCACCCCUCCCGGACAUGGACGACCAGUCCUCUGAUGAAGCAGAAGACAACGAGGUGGAGUUUUUUUCCAGCACCUCUGAGAGCCAGUGUCUAAUGCCUAAAACCUCGUCUUUCCAGUAUGGCUUACCGGGGAGGCGCAGUUUUCGGGGAAACGGUCAGAUAAACUUUGCAUAUCAUGAAGGGUUACGAGAACAUCAAUGCGGGGUGAAGCCUCAGUGGGAGCAGACUGUAACGCAUAAUCAAGACAGACCCCAGCGCCGGCUGCAUCGCUCCUAUUCCGGCCCUGCCGGAUCCUUUAAGGCCGCCAACUUCUGGCCGACCAGCCUAAACCAUUCACCCCACAGCCACCCGCAGGAGAAACCUGAAGUCCCGCCUCGCGUCCCAAUCCGUCCUCGCUUCAGUGAGAGCACGGACAGCAGGUGGCGGUCAACCGAUGACUUUGAUGUGGACAAACCUCCCAAAGUGCCGCCCAGGGAGCCCAUCCCUCAGGUCAUACCGCGUGCCAUUAGUCCAAAAAGUCUCCCGAUUUACAUCAACGGGGUAAUGCCUCCUACUCAGAGCUUUGCUCCCUAUCCGGAGUAUGUCAGUAAGGCUCAACACAAGCAGAGCUGUGAGGGCUUGCCGGCUCCCCGUAGCCCCUGUAUUCUACCCAUCAUGGAAGAUGGUAAGCAAGUCAGCAGUACCCAUUACUUCCUCCUUCCUCAUCGGCCCGGGUACUUAGACAAGUUUGAGAGGUUUUUCAAAGAAUCAGGCUCCUAGUGGUUAUUAGUGAUUGAGUGGUUAGAAUCUGAAGUUUGCUUGUUUAAAGUGGAAAAAAGGAAGGCUGGAUAUAAACUGAUAUGUGGUUUGACUGAACUGAUUCAUCAGUGUUACGAAUUGCUGGUCUAUUUAGGGAUCGGAUAAGUAUGUCUUUGGACUACAAAAAAAAUUAUUGGUUUACCACUGCUGGAAACUGCAGAACAGCUCUGAAAGUGUCCUUUAUUGGUAGGGAUGCACGAUUAAUCAAAAUGAAACUGAAGUUGGGAUUUUGACUUU